AAAGAGAGUGAAAAAAGGGAGAAAAUCUUUGUAAUUUAGAAUUACUCUUUCUAAAAAUUGAGAGUGGAAAUUUCUUACUUCUUCACUUCGUAAACCUAAAUAUACUUGCCUAGUCAUGGGAUAAAGGAAAAGGUAUUCCUGGGAAAAGGAGGGGACGGAAAUGAAAAAUUUGAGAUGGGCAAUGGACGGGAGUUUUUGGGACCUGGAUAUGUCGACGCCGGCGACCCUCGACGGACUCGCUCGACCAGUUCCCAGUGACACACUUCCCUUGGGUUUGACCAGAGGCGUCAGACUUUCCAGACCCAAGCAGAUCGAUUUCUUCCAGCGCUUUAUGGCAAUGCCCUUUGUCCCUUCCUACGUCUCCAACGACUCAGCUCGUGGCGGUCACGGCUCCUCUCUGCGGCGUGUCCUCACUCUUCCCUUAGGUGAACACUGGAAACUGAAGGUUGGGUUGCUCGAUGCUGAUGUAUAUGCUAAGUCACAUAAAGCGGGAACGGGAGCGAGAGCGAAUUCUAAAGCAGUAGCUUGAGAGCGGCAAAAUUAAGUCAUAAAUAGUUAGAAUUUGAGUCAGAGUGCGCAUGGAGUGUGAGAGUAACACUCAUUGAGAAGGAUUGUGUGACUUGGUGUAUAUGGAUUGUCUACUCCUACCAUGAUGAAAAUCCAUGGAAAGCCUGAAGUGAGUGUAGGUGAUGCUUUAAUCAUCUAAAAUUCCUUGUAAGAUGUUCUAGAAUUUAUAUUGUCAAUGUUAUGACAUGCUCAUAGUACAUAUUGGUGAAUUGCUAAAGGAAGUCAUAUAUAGCAGGUUUCAGAUUUUAAGUUAA